CACGACAGUCAAUACGACGUUGGACACGCUCCUUCCGAUUUAGGGUUUAGGGUUUUCUCUCUCUCUCCUCCUACUUCGAGCUGAUAUUUGAUCGUCGGAGGAGGAAUUCUCCAUCAAUCUUUAGUCCUCGAUCAUGGAACUGCUAAAAAACGAUGCUCUCGAACUAUCAAGACCUGGUCUUCUCGUUGGCGAAAGCUUCAAUCUCGUUUUGAAGCAGGCAAUUGAGGACCUUUUAGCCGAAAUCCGCAGAGAAACCCCCAACACUACCUGCUUCAUCGAUCCAUUUUACCAAUUGAUGCAAUCCAGAUCGGAUCCACCUCUCGUCUCCGUCUGGGUCUACGCUGCAUUGACCUUUCGCGGCCGCAAUUACGCAAAGGACGACGCUCUUGAUCGCGUGGCGGCCGCGAAAGACUUGUUUCUGCUAAUCAAGGCGUGCUCUUCUUCUUGUAGUCGUCUAAAGAGCAUAUCACUGCUCGCGCCGGUGAUGUUUCGAAUCUGUGAGAUUGUUUCUGAGUUGUUUGCGAGGGGCUUGUCGUCUAAGAGAGACAAAAGGGCCGUGAGAGAGGUCAAGUCCUUGGUUGAUACGGUUCUUGGAUAUUUAAGCAUUUGCAGUUGCGAGGGUUCUUAUGAGGGAGGCGAUUCAGAGAUGAGCACGGUUUUUGCGGAUUUAGUCAGGGUUUGGUUGGGGUCAGGGGAGAACUCGGAGAGAUUUUUUCCGCUUUUGACUGAUGACAUAAGUAGAGCUCUCAUACGGGGAGGUUGCGGGGUUAAUUACUUGGCUGGGGCAGUUAUUGCGGAGGCGUUUUUGUUGAAAAUGUGCUUGAAACUUCACGUCAAAGGAGUCAACAGGUCGGAAUUGGAGAAGGAGUUGAGGAGUUGGGCUGUUGCUUCGAUAACUGGUUUUCGGAACUCUUACUUUUUUGAGACUCUCGUUAGGAUGCUUAUCCAGACUACUUUACCUGGCGCCUCCUUUUUGGGGUCAGAGGAUCAAGCUUUACUUAGGAAAGUCCUAUAUGAUGCGAUUAUACUGGUGGAGUACUCUUUCCUUGAUCAUGAGGGAAUAGCUGAUUUGGCCACUGAACAUGUUAAGAAUCUUUUGAUGACAAGACUGAUCGUUGCUUAUGAAGCCAUGGAGUAUUUCAGGGAGCAUGGGGACCAAACUCUAGCCAUCUGUUACAUAAAUGCCUUCUCUAGUUCUGCUCUGCCUUCACAAAUAAUGAAACUGGCGAGGAGAGAGAUUGGUGUGGAACUUAAGGCAAGUGGAUCAGCAGGUUCAUCACCUAGAGCUCUCAUAAAGUGGUUAUUGGAACUUGAGGAUCGAGGAUUGAGGUUCUUCAGUGAUAGCUUGUUGAAGUGCCGUGCUAAAUUGGUCUUCGAUGUUUCUGUUGCAAAUGAGAAUCCGGUUUUGGAGUUGGAGGAUAAGAAACAGGAAGAUGACGUUCUCUUCUACAUUGAUAACAAGGGGGAGGAGAAAGAUGUAGAUGAAGAUGGAGAGGGCAAAGACAUAGAUGAAUCAAUGACCGCAGCAUUUAUAGCAGCUGCACAUUCGAUGGAGAUGACUGAAAAUGAAGGUAAAAAGAGGAAACAAAGAAAAGGGGUUGGGAAGGAAAAACGGAUCAAGUUUCUUACGUAUGAGCUUGCCGAGAAUGCUGAUUUGCAAGGAGAGAGGUCCAAGGGGUUUGGUGGUGAUGGCGUAGGCAGCACAAGUGAAGUUGAUAAUCCAAGUUCAGAUGAAGAUGAGUAAAUCGUGAGUCCAUAAGGAAGAAACAUGAAGUAUGUUGAUAACCUAUACCUGCUAAUUGCUUCUGUGGCGAAAGACUCUUGCUGAAUUUUUGGUAUGAUCCAGGUGUCUGGAGAUUGAUAAUCCAGAGCUAACACAAGAAGCUGGUGAAUAUGUUUCAGUGUUGUUGCCCAUGUUUUAGUUCGCGGUGUGCAAAACACAUGUUCACAUCUCCAAAUCAUAUAGAAAAAUUUUGUAGUUCUCCAGUGUCGUCGUUCUGCGUAGAGUAGUUCGUCAAUGCUAGUUAAGCUCACUAGAGAGUUGAAAGUUCUUUUCAUUUUGGGUCCUCAGAUGAUAUGAUGUCUAUAUGAUGUCCCCCAGUGUAAAAUUCGAGAGAAAUAAUGUUGUACGAGACCGUCUUAAUUACAUCUGCAGUAAUGCCAAUGCAUUUUAGAAGUUAUGCAUGAAUUC